CUCUGGUCUGAUUUUGAUCAUUGUUCAAUACCUAACUUAGCCCCAUAGGUAACUAUUGUUAGCAGAGAGCAACGUCAACGACCGGCUGGCGGACAAGUGCACGGAUCCCCUCCAGCAAAGUUCCCUAUCUCAGCCACAGCCGCGCAAUCACCACACAACACCAACGGAGCCCAUCCCAUCACAACGUCGGACUCGCAAUUGAAAUAACUCGCCCAAGGCUCUUGAUCGAGGACGCCCCUCGCACAUAAUUCACCAUGAUUUCCGACGACGACUUGUAUCGACUUGCCAUCUUCCUUGGCGCGAUCGCCAUGGUCCUCAUUGUUUUCUACCACUUCCUCGAGGUCAACUCGUCCGACAACCCUCUCGGCGAGAAGGCAUCUACUGCCAAGCCAGUACAACAAGCGCCUGCAGUCGGAAAGUCAUCGAGUAUUUCCAAGUCAUGAAGCUGGGUUGGAUGGAUGCUGGGAAGUAAUGCCAGAGGGCAUCUGAUUUGUGCAAGGAGCGCUCUGGGGAUACCAAUUUUGCCAUUGAAAAAGGGCAAUAUCGUACAGUUUAUCAGUUCAGUAAUCGUGGUAGAGCUCGCAGCCACUGAGUAUAGUCGUUACUACGAGGAACACGGACAGGGAGGGCUGAUGACCCACGGUAGGGUCAAAGGCUUUGGCGACAUAGACAACCAAUAUCACAAAUGGCACCACAGUAUCAAGCGCAUGCGCAUGCUCUCAUGUUUGUUUGUAGAAGACAUCGUUAUGGGAUGGACUAUUGCCAGAGACCAGCUUCUACAUCUCUCAACACCAUUCAGCCAGCACACUCUCUGUAUUUUGAACAACUCUAGUCUAUGGCUACAAGAAGAAUCAACUUAGCAAAUCCCAUCAAUAUGUGUGCUUUUGCAGUUGUACUGGCUU